AUGAGGGCCAAACGCUCCAAGAAGUACCGGAAGCUGAUGCACCAGUAUGAGCUCACAUUCGGAUUCCGUGAGCCGUACCAAGUUCUGGUGGAUUCGAAUCUCCUGCGCGCAGUGCACAGUUUCAAGAUGGAGUUGAUACCGGCGCUGGAGCGCACCGUGCAAGGGAAGGUGAAGCCGCUCCUCACGAAAUGCUCCCUCGCUGCUAUCAUGGCCAACCAACCCCUCCACCCCCGCACCAACAACCCGAUGCGUCCCCAUUUCCUGCCCCCGCCGACGGAAGUGCCCCUCCGGCACUGCUCGCACAACGAGGACUCGACCCCGAUCGACGAGGUCGAGUGUCUCCUGUCGCUGCUGUCGCCGACCACGGAGGUGAAGAAGAACAAGGAGCACUACAUCCUCGCUACGGCGGACGCGCCGGCCGCGGCGGAGAAGGAGAAGGAGCGGGCGGCGAUCGCGGCGGGCAAGAAGCGCAAGCGCGGCACGGACCGCGAGGCGGAGACCGCGAUCCAGAAGUCCCGGGAGCUGCGCCAGGGCGCGCGCGCCAUCCCCGGUGUGCCGAUCGUGUAUGUCAAGCGGUCAGUCAUGGUGCUGGAGCCCAUGAGCGGCCCCUCGGAGGAUAUCCGCGACGGCGUCGAGCAAGGGAAGUUUCGGGCGGGAUUGAGUGAGGAGGCGCGGAAGAAGGCCGAGGCUAAGGCGGCGGCGGCGGCCUCGGGAGAUACCAAGAACAGCAGCAGCAGCAGCAAGAAGCCGGGGAUGAAGAAAGCCAAGGGGCCGAAUCCUUUGAGUAUGAAGAAGCCGAAGAAACGGACUGCCGAGGGUG